AUGAGAAUUCGCAAUUCACUGUUAGAGCACCACUCGCGGGAGAUCGCUAUCUGGGAGGAUCGCCUGCGCCGAGCGGAAAGAUCACACGAUGCUGCUGUUAACCGCUCCCGUUCUCCACGUCUCUCGUCUGGUGUGCAUCGUGAUCGUGAUACCCCCUUCCCUCCACCUCGCCAAGAUUCGGAUGUUUCGCCUCUUCACGCUCAAUCAUCAUCUGUUCCGCUACCCGCCGAGUCUAAGACUGCUAGCCCUGCUCCGCGCAUCCCUAACCCCAUUAUCCACGAUUCCGUGACCAAGAACCCUUCUCCUGCUCCUGCCGAUUCCUCCAUCACGGAGGAGGAAAUUAAGGCGGUCCGUAUGGAGAUAGCCGAUGUCCGGGCUCUCGUUGUCAAGCUUGAUGACCAGUGCAAAGCACUCCAAUCCAAGCUCGACGCCCGAGGUAAAGCUGACAAAGCAGACCAGCUCUGUGUGGAAGUAGCGAAUACAACUCAAGAUGACCAGCCGAAGAUGGGGAAGUAA